ACAUUUUUUUGCCUUGUUCGUACUACCAGGGAAAACACACCUGAGGUUUAAUGUGUAAGCCCUCGGGCCUCUGUGGCCUGGAGCCUGCAGCUUGUAUUGACCUGUUGGCAUCGCUGUUUGUUUUCUGCAGGAUUUGCUGUUGGAUGAGCUGAUGAUGGGCGUGGCCUUGCUCUUGUUGGAAGCUCCUUCAGAUCAGCUGACCAGCCUUCUCAGACUUGCACUGAGUUUGGUCCCUGAACAAGCGGAGGCGUCGCCCUGGUUGAGUCCGGUCCUGAUUCUCCCCGUGUUGCAGCUCCUGUCCUGCUUGGGUCUCACUGAGCCGCUGUCUGACCAGAACACACACAGCACCAACCACAGGCUGGCUCACAGCCUGCUGCGCAGCAUUAGGAGGCCCGCAGAUAAACCCCAGCAGCCUGCCCCAUCACUGCCUCUGUCUCUGAGUUCCUGGUAUAGUGAGCUCAGCGUGUCUUUGUCGGUACUGCGCAAAGUGGCCAACAAUCCAGCAGCAGCGACCGAUUGGCUGUUGGCGGUCAGCUCCGCCCUGUCGUCCAGCCAGCGCCUGUCCUCCUCUCUUGUCCUGAUUGUGACUUAUCUCAUCAUCACGGGUCAGGAAAACAUCUGCCAGCUGGCUUUGAAAGCAAGCCAGGCUGUCGCCGCUGCCGACCCCUGCCAGGUCCCGCCCCUCCUGCUGCUUCUUUUGUUCAAACUGACCAAAGAAAAGAAUCCCGUCCUGGCUCACGCUGUUCUCACAAGCCUGCCAAACCUGGGCACUCAUAAGGUACGCAGCACGACUAAGAAGAACCUGUACUGACUGUGAGCGUCUGGAGACGGGGCUGGAACAUAAGCAGCACCUUUCUACUUCAUCUGAGCGCUCACAGUGUGUUUUAGUCCAUCAUACACACAGAUGAGCUUUUAUCUGUGGGGUCAUCCAGGUCAUGUAGUCUGAGGAGCUUUUCUUCAUCCAGGAGGCUUCUAGACUUUAAAAACCAGUGACCCGGGUGUUCCAAAUA